AAACAACAUAAAAUUCGGCAGGGUUAAUGUUAUGAAACGUUAUUUACUUUCUGAUACUGCAUGUUUCGUAAAAAUGCGUUCUGUCAACAUCAAUUGUCUAGUUCUGGGAAAGCCAUUCAGAAACAUAAUCUCUAUCAAAAUUAAAGAAAACGAAACGAUUGGUGAACUCAAAAGACGUAUUAAAGCUGAAAAGAUUACUUCGAAACUGUUGGCGCAAGUGACCUCAGAUUAUAGCGUACAAAUACCCAUAUAGGAAGCAAUAAUACAUUUCCCUGUUUUGAUCUUUUCGACAGCAACGAAAUAUUGUCAUAUUUUGGAAUCAAAGACAUUUGGAAAGAAAAUCCUCCAAAAUCUAAUAUUCACGUAGUUGUUAAAAUCGAAG